GUCAUUGGAAGUCUCUCUUUAUCUAAUAUUGGGAUUCCUCGUGUUCCCUUUGGCAGUCGCCGCAAUAGAGUAUAAAUCUUUCUGGUACAUACCACAGAGUGUAGACUACAUCCUUCCUCUUUUCUUUGAAUAUAACAAACAUCCUCCAUGGCGGAACCAUCAAUAAAUCCGCAAAUCGACAGCGACUCGUCCUCCGAGAUGACUCACAUUGACGACCCUCCCAAACCAAUCUACCGCUCCAUCACCGGCCGCCAUGAACCCACAUUCGACGGCGCCGACAUCGUCAACCUCCCCAUCCGAACCCUCAGUCGCGAUGCCGACCUCGAAGAAUACACGGCUGAAACGAUCGAUGGGCAAAUACUCCGCGAAAUCCGCUCCAAUGUCACCGGCAACAUCGAGCGCUACGAACUCGUUACCUGGAAAGUGGACGACCCCGAGAAUCCGAAGAACUGGUCGAAGGCGUACAAGUGGUGGUGCACCAUGUGCGUGGCGCUGACGUGCUUCGUGGUGGCUUUUAACAGCGCGGUCAUUACGGCAGAUAUCGAGGGCGUGGCGGAGGAAUUUCACGUCAGUGAGGAGGUUGCGCUCCUUACUAUUACACUGUUCGUCGUGGGAUUCGGUGUGGGUCCGAUGGCUUUCGCGCCCAUGAGCGAGAUCCUGGGACGCAGGCCGAUUUACGCGACUACGCUUUUUGUCGCUGUCAUCUUCACCAUUCCUGGGGCCGUUGCGAAGAAUAUCACGACAUUGCUGGUUACUCGAGCGAUUGCCGGCAUCGCGUUCUCGGCGCCGAUGACGCUCGUCGGAGGGACGUUGGCAGAUCUGUGGAGGAACGAAGAGCGUGGUGUUCCCAUGGCGGCCUUCUCGGCUGCUCCCUUCAUCGGCCCUGCCAUCGGCCCGCUUGCAGGUGGAUUUUUGUCGGAUGCUUGUGGCUGGAGAUGGUUAUACUGGAUCCAACUCAUCCUGAGCGGUGUCGUCUGGAUCCUUAUCUCCUUCACCGUCCCUGAAACCUACACACCAAAGCUACUCACCAAGAGGGCGAAAGAGCUCCGCAAGGAGACGGGGGACGACAAAUUCGUCACUGAAGAGGAUCUUGACAUGCGACCCCUGAGCCAACGAUUGACGCUCUUCCUUCUGCGACCAUUCCAGCUCUUGUUUCGGGAGCUCAUUGUUUUCUUCAUCUCGUUGUACAUGUCGGUCUUGUACGGGCUGCUGUACAUGUUCUUCGUUGCGUACCCAAUCAUUUACCAGAAGGGCAAAGGCUACAGCGCUGGUACGACCGGUCUGAUGUUCAUCCCGAUCGCUGUCGGCGUCGUGCUUAGCGCCGCGUGUGCGCCCCUGGUCAACAAGCAUUACCUAUAUCUCGUCAAGAAGCACAACGGCAAUCCACCUGCAGAAGCGCGUUUGAUCCCGAUGAUGAUUUCCUGCUGGUGCAUCCCCAUCGGCUUAUUCAUUUUUGCAUGGACAUCAUACCCGAGGCUGCAUUGGGCCGGCCCGGCGUUCGGCGGCUUCCCUGUCGGCUUCGGCUUCAUCUUCCUAUACAACUCGGCUAACAACUACCUCGUCGACUCUUACCAACAUCAGGCUGCGUCCGCUUUGGCUGCGAAGACGUUCAUCCGGUCAUUCUGGGGAGCUGCGGUCGUGCUUUUCACAAAUCAGAUGUACGACCGCCUGGGUUACGAGUGGGCGAGUACGCUGCUGGCUUUCAUUGGGCUGGCUUGCUGUGCGAUCCCCUUCGUCUUCUACUUUAAGGGCGCGGACAUUCGCAAGCACUCCCAUUAUGCAUAUAGCCCGGACGAAGAGAAUCAGGGCAACCUGGAGAAACGGCCAGGUUCAGUCCCAGAGCCGUGAAUGCGCGCAGACGCAAUUGCGUGAGGUCGAACAUACAGGUGUAUCGGGUGUCAGGAAAGAUGGGUUUUUGGUCAGACCACACUGUUUCUUCUCCUGCGGAUUGAAGUGCAUGAAGCGGGUUCGUCGACAGUCAAAGAGCGGGUAGAGGACCAAUCAUUGGUCAAUUGUACACUCGGCGUGGAGAC